AACAUCUUUCCACAAAUAUAAUUUUUAAAAAUAAAGUGAGGACUCUUCAACAUUAUUUACAUAGGGAGGGCUUUGCCCUGGGUUGUGUUUGAUGCCCACUUUGUCGGUGCCUUGCUCGCCAUGCCUCGUGGCAGGGGAAGAACAGGAGGUGGGAGAGCCGGUCCCAGCUCACCAAGGAGGGAAAAUCCAUCUCCACAGCCAACUCCCAAAGCAACACCGCCAAGGUCGCCACCAGUAUCAAAAGCUCCAACCUUUUCACCCGGAGGAAUGGGAAGCACCAUCGUAGGCUCUUUAAUUGGGUCAACUCUGGGCUCAGUUCUUGGCAACGCCAUAUCCGCGCGGAUGUGUGAAGGCAGAGAUCCGGACACUGGGGAAUGGAAAGAUAAAAAUAAGGUGGAUACUAAUCCUUGCAAGAGGGAAUUGGAUAUACUAUUUGACUGUGCUAGAAAUACCGAUGAUCCGAGCUCAUGCAAGCUAGAGAUGGAUUUGUUAAAGAAAUGCGCAGACAAGAACAAAGAUUACUUUGAUAGGAAAUAGCUAGAGCGAAAAAAGAAACUGAAAAAAGAACUUACUUGAAGACAAGUGAAAAGCACAUCUUAUGGAGAACACCUUAAAUAAAUAAAAACAAUUAAAGCGAUUUACUGAAAGAACUUAAUUUAAAAGAUUUGUUGAAUGUAUACAUGAAUACAACUAAGUUCAAUUCUAUAAUUGAUAAAUAGGAUACAAUUCAAUAUAUAACUAGUUGGACUAGAGAAACACAUUUUUACCUAAAAUGUUACAGUGUAUAAUUUGUAAAAAAACUGCCAGUGGUAUGCAUGUACUGUUCAAUCUCCCUGAGACAUUCAUAAGUGUUUAUAGAGUUCCCUCUAAAGAAUGAGCAUAACAUCUCUGGGGACUCUGGUGCCUACACCAUUCAUUUUUGUUAAGAGUUCAACUAAUCUUCUUUAAGAGUCUAAACAUCAUUCAUUUUUGUUGGAGAGUUCAACUAAUCUUCUUUAAGAGUCUAGCUACAUAUUUUAUGCUGUUACAGCUUUGGCAAUGAAAGCCUUAUUAUUGGGGGAAUGUUUUUUCUUAGUUUUAAUUCCCAGAUGUCAGAACAAAAAAAAUUUUUUUGUUAAUUUCACAAAUAAAAAUUGAAAAAGAAGAAAAUCUAAAAAUAGUACAUUUAAAAAAGCUUAUAUUGAGUGUACUUGUAUCAAUUUCUUUGAAUCAAUCAUGUAAUUAAUUAAAUUUGUAAGAGAUCUACACUAACAAUAAAAAAGCAUUUAUAAAAUAAAAAAAAAAGGUAGAAUGAUUUGCAUUUAAACUCAUAGCUCAAGCCAACAUGGUAACCGCUCUACUAUUGGAGCACUAAAGAAAAUGGAAGAUUGUAGUUAUCUAUUGUUUCUAUAAUCUCAUCCUAUUUUUUAGGUUUGUCUUCAUUAACUCAGAAGAUCUAUAAUUCAGAUUAUACCACCACCUCAGUUAAGUAAAAUUUCUUUCCCUUGUUCAAUAAACCAAACAAAAAAUUUUAUCACCAAUCGUUUAUUAUCUAAUUGGUUAUUUUUUAUUUUUUUUUACUGAUUAUUGUGUUGUGCAAAAUUUCAGCUUGAUUUGAGAUUGGGUGUGGGAGAAAUCAUGUGUACAAACUUUUUACCAGACAGACAGAAAGAGAGUGUGAGUUGAUAUAAGCUUUCUAAAAAAAAACAACUAAAAACAAAAAUUAAGCAUAAAAUUGUUUUGUUUAUUUUAUUGUCAACAUUCUUUCAAAUUUUGCAAUAUUGGCCUCUCAAAGAUUGAUCGAUGUGAUGCUGCCAUAUAUACAAUAAAGCCUCAGCCCCAAAUAAUCCAAUCCCUUGUCAUACAUCAAAGAUAUGCAACAAGUCCAACAAAGUAAAAAUAAGAUUCAACAUGCUUUCUGUCACUUAGUAACAUGUUAAGAUAAAAAUGUCUAAGUAAACAAAACAAAGAAAGAAAAUAUAAAAAAAACAACUAAAAAAAAAACAACUUUCCUCUAUCUAUAAAAACAGGAACAUAAUUGUCAGUACGAAAGAUUCUAUAGUACUGUACCCUGCUCUUCCCCAACUCAAAAAAGAUUUUUUUAAAAGAUGAACACACAUUUU